AAGUGCGCGACAACAAAGCGCGACGGACCAGCAGUUGACAAACUCCACUUGGCCCGACCGAGCAGGCUCGACCUCCCCGUGGACUUUCCGAGCGAACCGGGCGGGGAGCGACCCCUGUUUACUCACUCGUUACUCUGCUUUCUUUUUCGUUUCUUUCGUUUUUUCUCAAUUACACACCAACAUGUUUAUGCGAUUUACUCUGCUGCUCUGCGGAAGAGGAGCUGUAAAACGAUGUGCAUCGUCGCUGGCAGGUGAAAACACUCUUCCGCCCAACUUGCUGCUGCCCGCCAACAUGCGAGAUCCGCCAAGAACAAGGCGCCCCUUGCCCCCGCCAGAUUCCCCACUGCCGCUCCUGCGGCGUUGUGACGCCGAUAUUCCCGCCGAUCGGAGCGCCGUGCGGCUGUGGGUGGAUGCUCUGGAGGGACGGGACAGCGACCCACUGGGCCUGGCCGAGCUGCAUCCCAACGUCUUCGCCGUUCCCCCCAGACUGGACAUCCUGCACAGCGUGGAACUGUGGCAGAGGGACUACAAACGCAUCAGUCAUGCCAAUACCAAGGUGAGGUCGGAGGUGAGGGGCGGCGGGCGCAAGCCGUGGAAGCAGAAGGGAAGCGGUCGCGCUCGGCACGGCAGCAUCCGCUCGCCUCUUUGGAGGGGAGGGGGCGUGUCCCACGGUCCCCGGGGGCCCAAAAGUUACUACUACAUGCUGCCCAUGAAGGUGCGAGUGCUGGGGCUCAAAGUGGCCCUGAGCUCCAAGGUGGCCCAGGGUUUGCUUCAUGUCGUGGACUCCCUCGACAUUCCCAGUCCGGACUCACGGGACCUGCUGGACGCCGUCGCACACAAAAACUGGGAGGAGUCGCUGCUCAUAGUCGACGUAAGUGACAACUUUCCCGACAACAUCCUGAAGGCCACGGAAACUCUCAAGACCGUCAACCUCAUCCCAGCCCUCGGUUUAAAUGUGCACAGUCUUCUGAAGCACGAAGGUUUGGUGCUCACGCUGGAGACGCUGCGCUUCCUGGAAGAAAAACUGCUUUGGCACGACCAGCGCUACACACCGCUCUACCCAUUUAAACUGCCCUACGCCGACUUGCCCUGAACUUCCUCGUGCGUCUGUUUUGUGUGUGAAAUAAAUAUGAAUGAUUAUAUA